AUGCAUACUUUCUGUGGUAAUAUAUUCUGUCCUAUAUUUUAAGGACUGUGUGUUUUCAGUGUGAUCAGAAAACAUUACAUGAUAUCACACAGCAACUACUCCACUCCCCCAGUCUCCGAAUUCCUCCUCAUCUGCUUCCCUAACUACCAGAGCUGGCAGCACUGGCUGUCCCUGCCCCUCAGUCUCCUCUUCCUCCUGGCCAUGGGGGCCAACGCCACCCUCCUGAUCACCAUCCGGCUGGAGGCCUCUCUGCAUGAGCCCAUGUACUACCUGCUCAGCCUCCUCUCCCUGCUGGACAUGGUGCUCUGCUUCACCGUCAUCCCCAAGGUCCUGGCCAUCUUCUGGUUUGACCUCAGGUCCAUCAGCUUCUCAGGCUGCUUCCUCCAGAUGUUCAUCAUGAAUUGCUUCCUUGCCAUGGAGUCCUGCACAUUCAUGGUCAUGGCCUAUGACCGCUAUGUGGCCAUCUGCCACCCACUACGGUACCCCUCCAUCAUCACUGAUCAAUUCGUAGCUAGGGCUGCCAUCUUUGUAGUGGCCCGGAAUGGCCUCUUUUUCCUCCCUGUUCCAAUCCUUUCUGCCAGACUCAGAUACUGUGCGGAGAACAUCAUCAAGAACUGCAUCUGCACUAACCUCUCUGUGUCCAAACUCUCCUGUGAUGACAUCACCUUCAAUCGGCUCUACCAGUUUGUGGCAGGCUGGACCCUACUGGGCUCUGACCUCAUCCUUAUCAUUCUCUCCUACUCUUGUAUCCUGAAAGCUGUGCUAAGGAUUAAAGCUGAGGGAGCUGCUGCCAAGGCCCUGAGCACCUGCGGUUCCCACUUCAUCCUCAUCCUCUUCUUCAGCACAGUCCUGCUGGUGCUGGUCAUCACUAACCUGGCCAGGAAGAGGAUUCCCCCAGAUGUCCCCAUCCUGCUCAACAUCCUGCACCACCUCAUCCCCCCAGCUCUGAACCCCAUUGUUUAUGGUGUGAGAACCAAGGAGAUCAAGCAGGGAAUCCAGAAACUGCUCAAGAGGUUAUAAGGGGUAAAAAGAAUCAGACCCAACUCCUGAAAUUGUUAAAGAAAGUCAG